CUCUGUUACAAGUAAACCUCUGAAUUUCAGCUGCAAAAUGUGCUUAAAGGUCCUCACUGGAAGAAAAGUUGAUUUCUGAGUCUUAUUCCAAACACUGGUCCCAACUUACCAGCCCAGAAAUCAUCUUUUCUUACACAAAGGACCUUUAAGCUAUCAACAGUAAAAGUACUUUAUACUAAGUUAACUCUGUUAGCUCAGCAGCUACAUGGAGCCUUCAUGUUAAUAAAGGUACAAAUCUGGUCUGAGAUCAGUUUGUGAUCCGUUUUCUCCUGCAGACUGUGAUCACAGCAGACGAGCUGUUGACAUGUGAGACGUGAUGUUUCUUUGGUUGUUUCUCUCUUUUAACUGGACUAACGAUUUUUUAAAUAAUUGAUUCAUCUGUUGAUUAUUUGCAGGAUAAGUUGAUGAAAUGUUCAGGCUACAGAGUCCAAAACUAAAGAUUAUUUGUUUACUAUCAGAAAUGAUGAAGAAAAGCAGAAAAUCUUCACAUUAACAAACUGAAACCAGACAAGGUUCAACUGAAACGAUCAAUCGAUUAGUAACUCUGCACCUGUGAAGAUUAACUUUAAAAACUAAAAAACUGUUCAGUUGAUAUUUUACAACUAUCUGACUCAGACUGUGUCCCCGCCCACUUCCUGUCUGUCCGCUCAGAGCAGACAGACAGGCAGCAGCUCAGUGAGCAGCAGCUUCACUCUCACCUCACCUGUCUGUGUGUUUGUCACCUGAAGCUGCUCGACACUUCUGAAGGAACAAACUGAUCCGCCUGGAAACAUUUUCCUGACUGGACGUGACGUCAUCGGAGGUUAGCUCCGCCCCAGCACACCUUCCUCCAGUCAUCAAACAUGUCCCAUGAGGCCAAGCGGCUGGCUGCUGCCCACUUCAUCAGUCCUUCUCUUUGGUUGGACGACUCCAGCUGUCAGUCACUGAGCUCUGCUUUCGUCCCGCCUCCUCCUUCCUCUUCCUUAUAUGGUGAUCCUGCUCUGACCCCGCCCACCACCUGCUGUCUCUCCUCAUCUGUUAGAUGGAAUGGUUACUAUGGCAACCUGUACCCCUCCUCCUCUGGUGAUUGGAUGUUACCUGGCGGUCAGUCAUGGGGGCGGGGCCAUGUACCAGAGCAGCGUGAGUGUGUGAGCUGCAGCACGAGCAGCGCCCCCCUGUGGAGGAGAGACUCCACAGGAGGUCACCUGUGUCACAGCUGCAGCCAGCAGGAGAGCAGCAACACACCUCUGCUGAGACCCAAGAGGAGAGCGACUGUGUCUCAGAGAAAAGGAUCUCAGUGUGUGAACUGUUUCACGAUGACGACGACCCUGUGGAGGAGAAACUCUGCAGGAGAGCCGGUCUGCAACGCCUGUGGCCUCUACUACAAACUCCACCAGGUCAACCGGCCGCUGGCGAUGAAGAAAGAUGGAAUCCAGACCAGAAAGCGCAGAGUGACCAAGAACAAGAGGAGCAAGAAGGCUGACCAAUCAGAGAUGAAGCUGUCCAUGCUGGUCCCGCCCACUGAGGAGGACAUGUUUGAGCCCUUCACUCAGCUGUGACCUCCUCCACCUCCUGCUCCUGCUCCUCCCUCCUCCUCCUACAGAUUUUGUUAAAGGAUUUGUUCCCUUCUUUAAUAAACUGGUCCAACGAUCCAAACGUU